CUUCCAUCGUAUUUUCCCACCCUUUCUUUCUUCUUCCCCUUCCUCACACAUCUUCGGCAGCUAUUCCACUUUUCAGUUUUCACCUCUUAUAUUCCAACGGCAACCCCCUCCGCCGGGCCGUACCUGUAACUGUCGGCGACUCCACAUUCGGUUUUUUGCAACCCUCCAUUUUCUUGUAUUUCAGUCACAUUGAACAAGGAGUUUUGAUAUUUGAUUCGGAGGUAUCUGAUGGAGGCUACAGAUUGGGAAAGCUCAUCAGGAGGAGCUAGUGGUGAUGACGACAAUUACGAGCAAGACAUAAAAGAUGAAGAAGAACGUCUCUUCGCAUCUGGAUACUUGCGCAAGCUGCAGUUUAGGAAGCAUGCUUCAACUGUUCGAUGGAAUGAUCGAAUGGGAAUGGCAGAAGUUGUAGAGAACAAGAGCAGAUAGACGGCUUUGAUAGACGGAUGAUUCUACCAAUCCGGCUUUGAUAGACGGGUUAAAAUCUCCUGCCAAGCACCAUCAAGAACCAAAUAAGCCAAAGACCCAACUCUUCCUUAAACUUCUUCCCUGUUCAUUUGCAAGGCCAUUCACUCCCAAUGAUCUGUAUUCCUCAAUCUGUCCAAAGAAAAGCAAGAAAAUUGAUACAGAGUAGAUUCCUUUAACAAUCUGUCAAGAGGUUUAGCAACUCUAACAUCCCAUCAUCAAAAUGAUUCCCUCAGUAGCCCCCAGAAACCCAAACAUACCCACUCCAUUUUCCUUCUUCCUCCAAUGACUCUUCAUCAGCUGCUUAGAACAAUUCCCCUGCUUUGGUUCCACCAAAAUAACAAAGCUAGAAUUCUCUUGUGUAAUAACUCCUUAACCAAUCUCCUUAUAUUUCUUUUCCUAAAACUUCUAACAUUCCAUACUACCUCGACCAUUUAUACCAAAGCCUUCGACGCCCUCCCUACGACUAAUUAUAUCUAAGGUUUCAACACUCAAUAUUGAUAUACUAAGCCACAACCAUUUAUACGUUGAUACUUACUCGUCUUAUCAACCCUAAACCAAUUAUCGGCUCCAAUAUUCACUUACCUUAACAUUAUACCAUCCUUCGACCAUUGGACUCGAGGUUAUGAUACUUCUGUUUAUCACAAACUCAAGGUCCAUUGCAGUCUGUCCUUUGACCGUUUUCACUAUUCACUCAAAGUAACUCUUUUCUAAAUUAUAUUUUCUAAAUCAUCCUAAACGGAUUUGAGUUUCUUUUGAAUUAGAAAGAUAAGCGACCUAAAAUGAGAUAUUUCCAAACCUAGGGAGAUUUAUUUUAAAAUCUUGUUUUCCAAAUUUUUUUUAAUUUAUCUACCCUGACGAACUUAAUUUGGGAUUCUAAUUUUUCCAAUUAGAACCAUAGACAAAUAAAAUUUGUUGGCCUUUGGUCUGUCUGUUAGGUAUGGCCUUAGGUCUCCAUCCCAUAUCUAACAGUACGAAACUACUAAUCCAUUUUGGUAAUCCCUCAAUUAAUAGUGCUAGACUUUUAGUCACAAACUUAAAUAAAACUUUCGAAUUUUCUUUUGCAGCCUAACUUUGUGGCGAAAUCACAUGGUUCCACUUUGCAAACAGAUAAUAAUAAUUAUUAUUAUUGUAAACUUUGUUUAUUCUGGUGCGAUUGAGUUGUGCUGUAUAAAUAUGAUACAUUACCACUCUUUUUGUUGCUCCACUCUCUCUCUUUCAAUAUCCCCACCGGCACCGCGUCCCUCCCCCCCUCUCUCUCCGCCGUGAAAAAAUGAGACAACGCCGGCACCUUGAGCUGAGUAGUCUGAGCAGAUCUACCAGCUCCGCAGACACAGCCAUUGUUCUCAAGCCUUGUUCAACCACCUCUUCUCACAGCCCCUCCUCCCUCCUCCACUCCCUCUUCCGUUUCUUCCUCCACCGCCGCAAUGCCCUCUCUCUCAUCACUCUCCGCCGUAAGCUCACCGGCACCCUCUUUGGCCACCGCCAUGGCCAUGUCACCUUCUCCCUACAGCUUGACCCUCGUACCGAACCCCUCACAUUACUCCAUCUCCACAUCUCCACCACUGCUCUUCUUAAAGAGAUGUCCUCUGGCGUCCUCCGCAUUGCCCUCCACUCCCACAAACUCCCUGGCCGAGCUCGACCCACGAAGCUCCUCCAACACCCCUCCUGGACCAUGUACUGCAACGGAACGGAAUCUGGUCUUGCCCUCUCUCGCACUUGUGAGGCAUAUGACCGACAUGUCCUGAACACCAUUCGAAGCGUGUCUGUUGGAGCUGGGGUCAUUCCAGUGCUCCAUGAUGGAACAAAAGCUGCCGGCGGGUGCUCGGAACUGGGUGCAUUGGUGUAUAUGAGAGCCGAGUUUGAACGAGUUGUUGGAAGUGCAGACUCGGAAGCUUUGUUUAUGAUUAACCCCGAUGGGAAUGCCGCCUCGGAACUCACUAUCUUUUUGCUUAGAAUAUGAACCCAAAAUUUUCUGGUAAUUUAGUUUUUUUGAGAGUUAGGUAGAAAAGUGUAUCCCAAGUUAUAACCAUUUUCAUGCAUGCAAAAGGUGAAAACUUUCUAAUAAAAACAAUGAAAUAAAAUUGACCACUUUUAUUA